GCUGGGACCCUGCGAGGGGGGCCCGGCGGCUUUGGCGUGCUGCGUGCCUCAGUUUCCCUGCCCUCGGCCGGGCUCCGUGCCCGGGGGGAGGGCCCUGGGCCCCCGCCCCCCCCGUGGGCCGGCCGGGGCCAAGCCCCAGCACCGGGAUCUGGAGCAGCCCCGGCUCGGCAGCUCCAGCAGCCGGUGCCCUGCCAGCGGGAGGUGCCCCGGAGCUGCCCGGCCAUGGAAGCCGCCGCCACGCUGCUGGACGCUGAGGCCGUCGGGGACCUGGUGCUGCUGGACCCGCUCACCGAGGAGUCGCUGCUCCGCACCCUGCAGGAGCGCUUCCGCCGCAGUGACAUCUACACGUACAUCGGGGAUGUGGUGAUCUCGGUGAACCCCUACCGGCCCCUGCCCAUCUACACCCCUGAGAAGGUGCAGGAGUACCACAACUGCAACUUCUUUGCCGUGAAGCCCCACAUCUACGCCAUCGCGGACGAUGCCUACCGCUCCCUGCGGGACCGGGACCGGGACCAGUGUAUCCUCAUCACCGGUGAAAGCGGCGCCGGCAAGACAGAGGCCAGCAAGCUGGUGAUGUCCUACGUGGCGGCCGUGUGCAGCAAAGGGGAGGAGGUGGACAAGGUGAAGGAGCAGCUCCUGCAGUCCAACCCCGUGCUGGAGGCCUUCGGAAAUGCCAAAACCAUCCGCAAUGACAACUCCUCCCGCUUUGGCAAGUACAUGGACGUGGAGUUCGACUUCAAGGGCGAGCCCCUGGGAGGGGUCAUCAGCAACUACCUGCUGGAGAAAUCCCGCAUCGUCCGGCACACCAAGGGCGAGAGGAACUUCCACAUCUUCUACCAGCUCCUGGCCGGCGGCUCGGCGCAGCUGCUCCAGCAGCUGAAGCUCCGUCAGGGCUCCCAGCACUACGGCUACCUGAACCGGGAGAGCUCCAACCUGCCUGGCAUGGACGACGCAGCCAACUUCCGUGCCAUGCAGGACGCCAUGGCGGUCAUCGGCUUCUCGCCCGCCGAGGUGACGGCGCUGCUGGAAGUGACGGCCGUGGUGCUCAAGCUGGGCAACGUGGAGCUGAGCAGCUGCUACCAGGCCAGCGGGAUGGAGGCCUGCAGCAUCGCCGAGCCACGGGAGCUGCACGAGAUCUGCGAGCUGAUCAAGCUGGACCCCGGCACGCUGGAGCAGGCGCUGUGCUCCCGCACCGUGAAGGCACGGGAUGAGACUGUGCUCACCGCCCUCAGUGUCUCCCAGGGCUACUACUGCCGGGACGCGCUGGCCAAGAACAUCUACAGCCGCCUCUUCGACUGGCUGGUGAACCGCAUCAACACCAGCAUCCAGGUGAAGCCGGGCAAGCAGAGGAAGGUGAUGGGUGUCCUGGACAUCUACGGCUUCGAGAUCUUCCAGGACAACGGCUUUGAGCAGUUCAUCAUCAACUACUGCAAUGAGAAGCUGCAGCAGAUCUUCAUCCUGAUGACCCUGAAGGAGGAGCAGGAGGAAUACGUCCGAGAGGGCAUCCAGUGGACGCCGGUGGAGUUUUUUGACAACGGCAUUAUCUGUGACCUGAUCGAGAAUAGCAAGUGCGGGAUCCUGGCCAUGCUGGAUGAGGAGUGCCUGCGGCCCGGCGUGGUGAACGAGGACACCUUCGUCACCAAGCUGAACCAGCUCUUCGCCACCCACAAGCACUACGAGAGCAAGGAGACGCAGAAUGCCAAGCACGUCACGGACCUCAGCCUGCCGCAGCGCUGCUUCCGCAUCCACCACUACGCCGGCAAGGUGACCUACAACGUGACGGGCUUCAUCGAGAAGAACAACGACCUGCUCUUCCGUGACCUGUCGCAGGCCAUGUGGGCUGCUCAGCACACGCUGCUGCGCUCCCUCUUCCCCGAGGGCGACCCCCAGAAAGUCUCCCUCAAGCUGCCCCCCACUGCCGGCUCCCAGUUCAAGACCUCGGUGGCGACGCUGAUGAAGAACCUCUACUCCAAGAACCCCAACUACAUCAGGUGCAUCAAGCCCAACGACACCAAAACGGCGAUGCUCUUCACGCCGGAGCUGGUGCUGGCACAGAUCCGCUACCUGGGGCUGAUGGAGAACGUGCGGGUGCGGCGGGCGGGCUACGCCUUCCGCCAGCUCUACAGCCCCUUCCUGCAGCGCUACAAGAUGCUGGGCACCAAGACCUGGCCCCACUGGGCGGGCAGCGACAGGGAGGGGACUGAGGUGCUGCUGUCGGAGCUGAAGUUCCCCCCCGAGGAGCUGGCUUACGGCUACACCAAGAUCUUCAUCCGCUCGCCACGCACCCUCUUUGACCUGGAGAAGCGGCGCCAGGAGCGCAUAGGCGAGCUCGCCACCCUCAUCCAGAAGACGUUUCGGGGCUGGCGGUGCCGGACCCAGUAUCAGCUGAUGCGCAAGAGUCAGAUCAUCAUCUCUGCCUGGUUCCGGGGCCAUGCGCAAAAGAACAGGUACAAGCAGAUGAAGCGGUCGGCGCUGCUCCUCCAGGCAUACGCGCGGGGCUGGAAGUCUCGCAGGCUCCUCCGGGAGCUGAAGGUCCAGCGCCACCGCCACCUGGCCGCCAGCACCAUUUCUGCUUACUGGAAAGGGUACAAGGUCCGCAGGAUGUACCGGCGAUAUUUCCGCUCCGGCGCCAGCACGCGCCUGGCCAACUUCAUCUACCGGCGGCUGGUGCAGAAGUUUCUCGUGGGGCUGCAGAAGAACCUCCCGCCGAUGUCGGUGCAGGACCGGACCUGGCCCCCAGCACCCUACAAGUUCCUGGCGGGCGCGAACCAGGAGCUGAAGAACAUCUUCUACCACUGGAAGUGCAAGAAGUACCGGGACCAGCUGACACCACAGCGGAAAGCCCUGCUGCAGGCCAAGCUCUGCGCCAGCGAGCUCUUCAAGGACAAGAAGACGCUCUACAGCAAGAGCCUGCAGCAGCCCUUCCAGGGCGAGUACUUGGGGCUGACGCAGAACCCCAAGUACCAGAAGCUCCACGCCGGCCAGGACAAGCUGGUGAUGGCUGAAACCGUGAUGAAGGUGAACAGAGCCAACGGCAAGACGGUGCCGCGCCUGCUGCUGCUGACCACCGAGCACCUGGUCCUGGCCGACCCCAAGGCCGCCCAGCCCAAGACCGUGCUCAGCCUGAGCGACAUCCGCGGCGUCUCCGUCACCCCGCUUUCCGACGGCUUGCUGGCCCUGCACCUCAAGGAGACCUCCACGGCGGGGAUCAAGGGCGACCUCCUGCUCGUCAGCAGCCACCUCAUCGAGCUCAUCACGCGCCUGCACCAGACCCUGAUGGCUGCCACCUCCCAGGCCCUGGCCCUGCACAUCACAGACCAGUUCUCCACCCGCUUCCAGAAGGGCGACAUGGCCAUCACUGUGGUGGAGUCGGCCAAGGGCAGCAACGACGUCCCCGUCUGCAAGAAGCGGGGCAGCCACAAGAUGGAGGUCCUGGUCCACUGAGAGCCCCCCCCUGCCCACCAGGCACCCCCCCACACACACACCUCGCCCUGCCCCACUGGGCCCAGCAGCAGAACUACCGCAACCCCAUUAAAUGUUUUUUUUGGUGUCUGCA